AUGUUCCGCCUCGCAACAGCUCCCGGCCGCACCUGCGGCGUCAGCAGGCAUCUCCUAGCCGGCCUCUCCAUGCCGGUGUCAUUACCAUGGCCCCCUGCGGUACCGUCAUCACCACCAACAACGACGCCGACAACGACAACGAGGACGCUAAAGACAAAGAGCAAACUCCGGCCCCUUCCGGGCCUCAAAAAGUCGAGCGCCAGAGAGGAGAAGCCAAAACCCCGGGACGUCGUCUUCGAGCCCCGAUCUCUCACCGAGUUCAAGAUUCUGCUCCGCGAGCUUUCCUACAUGAACGUCACGCCGGAACGGGCCUACGACGUCUACAUGAAGUACAUGAAGGCUCUCGCCCGGCCCGAUAAACCACAGGACUGGCAAAAGGCAUUCGUCAGAGAAAACAACAUCACGGCGGGCGAACUCCACGAGACCGCCGGCCUCCUCUACUUCACGAAGAACAGCUCCGAGUCCGAAGUCAUCCUGCAGUUCAACAUGAUGGAGACUGCCGCCGGCCUCGGCUAUGACCCGGCCGCCCUGACCCUCGGCCGCCACCUCUACAGGGCCGAGGGCAAGAAAAACUACUACGACUGGGACAACCCGCGCUGGCAGCACACCCGCACGCGGUGCCUGGCCCUCAUCGCAGCGGGCCGCGAUGCAAACGCCAUGGUCGUCGCCGGCCUCCGCCACCUCCACCGCAAGACGGAGCGCGACGACUACCUCGCCCUCGAGGCCUUCACGCAGGCCCUCGCGCUCGGCAAGGACGCCGCCUACUUUGACUGGAUGUGCUCCGCGCUCGAGGGCCAGGGCGACGCGUACCUACGGCUCGGCGAGAAGGAGAAAGCCAAGGACACCUUUUUCUACCUGGGAAAGCUGGGCUACGCGCGGGGGUGGUCGCGCCUGGCUGACAUGUACCCGGAUGACAAGGGCGCAGGGGGAUGGCUGUUCAAGGCGGCCGGGGCGGGCAUCCCCGGUUCCUACCAGAAGCUGGUGGACCAUUGCGAGAAAUGGCGCAAGUUUUGCGCCCCGGACAAGGAGUGGGCAGCCUAUUGGGAGCGUCACGCUUCGGAGUGGACGCGGAUACUAAAGGCCUCGAUCGCCAGAAAGAAGUUGAAUCGAUCGAAAUAG